CCUCGGCCCUGCCUCGGGGUCCAGGGCUGAGGGAGCGGGACGGAAGUGUGCGGGUCCCGCCCCUUGCCGCUCUCCGUCUGAGCUGCCGCCGCUGCCGCUGCCCGCUUUCCGGCGAGCCGGAGUCUCCUUGCCGUACCCUCGGUCCCCGGCCGCGCGGAGCCGGGAUGCACUGCUCCUGCUGUGGGUCCUCAUCAUGGAGACUAAACGGGUGGAGAUUCCCGGCAGCGUCCUGGACGAUCUCUGCAGCCGAUUUAUUUUGCAUAUUCCCAGCGAGGAAAGAGACAAUGCUAUCCGAGUGUGUUUUCAGAUUGAACUUGCCCAUUGGUUUUACUUGGAUUUCUACAUGCAGAACACACCAGGAUUACCUCAGUGUGGGAUAAGAGACUUUGCUAAAGCUGUCUUCAGUCAUUGUCCAUUUUUGCUGCCUCAAGGUGAAGAUGUGGAAAAAGUUUUGGAUGAAUGGAAGGAAUAUAAAAUGGGAGUACCAACGUAUGGUGCAAUUAUUCUUGAUGAGACACUUGAAAAUGUACUACUGGUUCAGGGGUACCUAGCAAAAUCAGGCUGGGGAUUUCCAAAAGGAAAAGUAAAUAAAGAAGAAGCUCCUCAUGAUUGUGCUGCUAGAGAGGUCUUUGAAGAAACUGGUUUUGAUAUCAAAGAUUAUAUUUGUAAGGAUGAUUACAUUGAACUUCGAAUCAAUGACCAGCUUGCUCGUUUGUACAUCAUUCCAGGAAUUCCAAAAGACACAAAAUUUAACCCAAAGACCAGAAGAGAAAUUCGGAACAUUGAGUGGUUCUCCAUUGAGAAAUUGCCCUGUCAUAGAAAUGAUAUGACCCCAAAAUCCAAACUUGGUUUGGCACCUAACAAAUUUUUUAUGGCCAUUCCCUUUAUCAGACCAUUACGGGACUGGCUUUCUCGAAGAUUUGGAGAUUCCUCAGACAGUGACAAUGGAUUUUCCUCAGCUGGUAGCACACCAGCUAAACCCACUGUGGAAAAAUUGAGUCGAACCAAAUUCCGCCAUAGUCAGCAGUUAUUUCCUGAAGGAUCUCCUGGUGACCAAUGGGUAAAGCACAGGCAACCACUGCAGCAAAAGCCAUAUAGUAAUCAUUCUGAAACAUCUGACCUUUUAAAAGCGAAGAAUCAAAGUCUGAGGGGAAAUGGCAGAAAACAGUAUCAAGACUCACCUAAUCAAAAGAAAAGAGCAAAUGGGGUCCACAGCCAGCCAGCCAAGCAGCAGAAUCCCUUAAUGAAAUGUGAAAAAAAACUUCAUCCACGAAAACUUCAGGAUAAUUUUGAAACAGAUGCUGUGUAUGACUUACCUUGCUCCAGUGAGGACCAGUUUCUAGAGCAUGCUGAAGGACAGUCUAUGGCAUGUAAUGGACAUUGCAAGUUCCCCUUUUCAUCCAGAACCUUUUUGAGCUUCAAGUUUGACCAUAAUGCUAUAAUGAAAAUCUUGGACCUUUGAUAGCAGCAUGUGUGUUGUGGAAGUCCCAAGAUCAGGGACCUGUUGCAUUUGAGUGGGUGUCUCUUUGAGCCUUACCUUUCUCAGGUGUUUUAAAGAAAUGCAGGGAGGUAAUGAUGUUUCUGAAGAGAUUGUUCUCUGUGCAGAAGAGAGAGUAAGAAGAAACAUGAGUUUGCACUGUAAAUGCAGUUAUAACCUUUUAUACAAACGAACCUUUUCAGUGUUUGGCUAAUGAAUUUAAGUUGCUUUUUACAGGGGCAUUCUUUUCUGUGUGAUUGUGGUUUUUGUUUUAUAUUCUGUUUAAGAAAAUAGCAUUUGAGUCAUCAUCAAGUAGCCAAGUUAAUGGCAAUGCUCCGUCUACCCAUUACAGUGAUUGCAAUAAUAGUUUUCCUUAUAUUGAAAAUUUUAAAAGAAGCUUAAAACACACAAUUAUUAAAUGAAUACAAGAGGUGAAAUGUCACAAAAGUCAAGAUUGCAGGUCAUCUGCUUUGGUGGCAUUUUGCACAUUUCUCUGCUUUUAAUCACUUAGGUUCUCUAAUCCUCCUCUGCUUGGAGUUUUGUUGAAAGGUUUUAUUUAGAGCCAAUACCCGCUAUAUAAUGUUCAUGUUCAAAAUGAACUCUUAGCACUUCAUUAAAGGACAAAGUCCUCAGCCUGGAGAGGGACUGAGUUGGUUGGGUGGGGAGUUGAUGCUCUAAUUUUGCGUUGUGCUGCAUGCAGUCGGUGAACCUUUGAGACUGCUGGAGAGAGGGUAGCAGAGAGCAUGGAGGCGGGGACCCAGCAACUGCUUUGGUCAUGUCUUCACCAGCCUGCCACCAACCCUUUAGUAUUGUACAAUGAUUUUGUUCUUGUGAAAAUUUAUUCUAUAUUACGGUUGUGUAAAUAUGUAUGGAAUACUGACAUUAUUAGGUUUUACAUUGCAUCUCAGUGUUGAUCUCUGGAAACUGAUGUUAUAUUAGCUUCCAAUUUGCAGUAGUAGCAGAGACUGACACGCUUUUAUUAACAUGCUAAAGCCCCUGGAUGAUGGAGCGAGAAUGAAAGAGGUAUGCAAUUUACCCAAGUACAAAUAAAACAUUUGACUGGGGAGGAUAAGAACAUGAAAGUAACGUACAUAACUCACUCCCAGGAAUGUGUUUUGCUCCUUUAGGAAUCUUAAGUCCAAAUAAGGACAGCAGUGUCCGUUUUAAGAAGGAUUUCAGCUAUAAUUGAGGACAAUCACCGGGACUUUCAGGGGGCUUUAGUGUUUGGGCUGCUUCUGACCUCAUUGAAGGUAUUUCUUUGUUGGGGCGGGGAGGUGAGCACAUGCAUGCAUGUGCAUCUGUCGUGUGGGUUUUAAAAAUCUUUCUUUUACAUGUGGUAUCCACAAAAUGUAUCUCUGCUUGUAAAUUUUAUUGUAGAAAUCUUUAUUCUGUAUACGUAGCCUAUUUAAUAGGGAUUCUGUUUAACCCAGUUGGACUUUCAAAAGAAGUGCUAUGUAAGGAAUUCACUUGCUAUUACUUUGCUUUAACUUUUAAAUGGCUUGAUUUUAAAGGAAAAAUUCUAUUUAUUAGUGAAAGUGUCACCCUCUUUGUGCUAAGCACGAGAAUUCACAACUAUAGCAGUGCGUUUAGAAUAAGAAUUCACAACUAUAGCAGUGCGUUUAGAAUUAGGUUAUUCACAAUCCUGCAUCUUUUAAUGUGACAAAUUUGUCAAUCUUUCUGUGACUUUUUUAAAAAUGCAUUAUAUGGUUGCGUUUGGAAGCUCUUACUGUUCUUUCCAGAAAUGCAGUUGCUUUGCUUGGGUCUCCUUGAGCCAUAUUUAUAGUUGGUCCUAGUAUUCUAGAUUUCUGCUAAAUUGUUAAGGGAGUGAAAACUUAGUUUGCCUGGCAGGUAAAUCAUUUUCACUCAUUGACUGUCAUCUGGAAGCCAUUUAAUUUUUAGAGAUUUUGUAUGUGUUUUUUUCUUUUUGAAUGAGUACUUUGGUCAGUCCUUCUGGUGCCUAGAGUUGGAGUUUUCAGCUCUCAUUACUAAAGCAAAAGAGAUUGGAGUUCGUUACCAGAAGUAGGUCCUGUAAUGGUGUUGAGCCUUUUCAAGAACCAACAGAUUAUUUCUUUUCGAUUGCAGUAGUUUAACUAUGGUUAAAUGUUAUUGCUGUUGUGCUGCUUCAUUUAAUGCACUGUGGAACAAAGGAAGGGGAUUGUUGGGAUGGGGUUUUGGUAACUUGAGGCUUUUAGCUGUCUUGACAGUUUGAGAUAAAAAAGAAAGUUAAAAGAUGUAAGUUAAAGUUGAUGUGUGUGAUGUGACUUAACUAUGCAGAAAAUGUCUGAGUUGGAUGUACCUGUUUUAUGCACAUCUGCUAUACGUAUUCCCUCGAACCUGUCUAUUAGUUUCUCAGUGUUCAGGUUCCCUUGAGAAAGGCCAUGCUUAGCACAGAACUGGAUUUCUCCUUUGAGAAAUUUUAGCAUGGUUUGAAGAAAUCAAGUGAUAAAGGUGUGUGCUGAAUAUGCAAUAAUUUACUUCUGUGUGCUGCAUUUUAAGAAGCUAGCUGAGAAGAGUAGUUGAGUUAGCUUUGUUAUGUUUUACGUCUUUGAGAGAGAAAUAAGUCUUUGAAUCUAUUUUUUAAAUGUUCUUAUGUUCCAACCUUAUAUGUUCCAAGGUUCGGUGCACUGUGAAUCUUUUAUUUUUUAAAAUUUUGUAGGUGCUUUUAUGUAUAACUAAUGAUUUGUAAGAUGUUAAGUGAAUUGUUUGUGUACUUAACCAUUAUAAUCCAAAAGAUAGGGUGUGGUUUACAUGCUUUCAAAAGUUUUUGUUAAGAAAUAGUAAAUGACUGGUUUUAGGAUUUCAAACAGUGAUGCUCUCCUGAGACAUGAGUAUUUGGAGAAGUCUGAGAGCCUAAUAGAACUCUUCUAGCAUGGGUGAAAUUUGAUUUGAAGAUGUUUGAAAAUUAAGUUGGAUUUUCAUAUUAAUAUAUAAAGGCAAGUCUCCUACGCUGUCAAAGGAAUUGUCACUGCUUGCUGCUUUCAGCUUUGGAUAUCCUUAUUUUUCUAUUAAAUAUCAAUUAGUAAGUACAGAUAAUGAAGAUGUAUAGCAAAAUUUAGCAAAAAUAAUUUUAUGCUAUAAGAUUGAGUUGGUACUUUGUCUUUUAAGGCUUUAGUAGUUUAUGUGUAAUAUCAAUUAAAAACUCAAAUCUAAGUGAAUAGCAUCCUUCCACAGGGGUUAAAUGCUGUAAAACUCAACAUAUUGUGACAGUCUUUAGAAAAGUUCAGGUCUGAGUGCAUAUGUGCAUUAAAAACAUUUCAUUACCUAUUCCCUCACAUAGCUUUUUUUUUCUUUUGUCUCCGACAGUUAACUUGAACAGUAAGGAGCAAAGUGAAUAAAACAAACUAGACUUUUUGCUAAGUUAUUUUUCUGUUAUGAUAACAUCUCUUGGUUUUUAUCUUUAUUUUGUUUUGAUUGACGUCUAUUCUGUGUAUUCUCUCAGGCAAUAUUUUCUUUGCAUUUUUAAUCAUAGUUUUAAGGUCAGAUUCAUUAACAUUUUUCUGAUCGAAGAACAAUAAGUGUUACCUAGUAAUUUUAACAUGGAUUAUUUUCUAGCCUGGGAAGGGGGCUCAUAUAUAUUGUUGUAACUUUAGAUUAAUGAUAAGUAAGACAAACUCUUGUUUUGUCUGAAGGUAUCAAUAUCCUUUACCUUUAAGACCUCUCUCCAGGUAAACAGGUGUUAGUAAAACAGCAGUUUUGUUAAACCUUAUUCCUGAUAGCUUGGUAAAGUCUAGCUAGAGUUCCUCAUUUUGUAUUCUGUUCUAAGACUUUAAAGUGCAUUUGUGUAGUUGCCAAAAAUUCUAAAAAUGAGAUAUGAUGGGCUUUCUUAGCAUCUUUUUCUUCUAGAAUUGAGUUGCUCUUGAAGUUUGUACUUCUGUGUCACAAAGAUGGUGGAUUGCAAAUAGGCAGUAAAGGUUCUGUCUGCUUUCAAAGUAGAGUUCUGGAUUGCAGUUUCCAAAAAUAUUAUAGGUUGUUGUUAUAGAACAAAACUGCCUUGAAGGGGGAAGAUAACUAUAGUUGCUGAGAAGAGAGUGCAUGAGGAAGAAAUUUUAGAAGAUAAAUCAUUUCUUGAGUGCUGUAUGAUAUACUAGGGAGAAAUGUGAUCAUUGCAUAGCCCAAGCAGAGUCUAAUAUAUGUGGCCAUUACCAAGCAUUUUCUAGCUCUGGAUAAAGUUAAUUUUUUCUAAAUACGGUUGCCAUCAAUCCAGUAAAUCUAAAGUAAUUUUUCUCACUUGAAAGACCAGUGUUUGGGAGUCUGGUCCUUCUCCUGUGCUGAUGCUUUAUAACUCCAGCCACACUGAGGUGCACUUUCUUCUGGAAACAUAAACCAGAACACAUGCAGCCAUAGUCAGGUGUUUUGUCAUUCACUUCAUGUGGUAGCUGUAUAUUUGUCCUGAGUGGUGGUCCAUUCCUUUCAAUCUAGUUUUCUUGUGACAAACAGUUUACUAUUGAAAUAGUAGUCUAUAGCUUGGGAAAAGAGUAAAGCUACCCCUCUUGCACGGGAGUGGACUUGAAGGGCUGAUUUCCACCAGCUUAGUUGCUCAGACUUUAACAUAAAGUACAAAGAAGUGUAAAUCAAAAACUAUGAUAAAGUUUGGAAGUCUUGUCUUGAGAAAUGUUCAUAAUUGAAUCUUUAAUCUGGGUCUCCAGGUUAAUGAAAUCACCAGUUAAGAGAUUCCAUUUGUCUUGUGUCUUCUGUGGUUAGUGGAGGCGAUAGUCUAGCUAUGGUACCAGCUCGAAAGCACAAUCUAAAAGGAACUAACCCUAACAAGAUGCUUGCAUUAGCUGCGUAGUGUCGGUCAAGGGUGCUCUGGGGAAAGGGAUUGAAUGCAGAAAUUAGCUGCCUUUGUUUGUAACUUUGUCUCACAUGGACUCUCCUCUUAAAGUAGACUUUAGUUCUUUCGUCCAGUGGAAGAAAAAGACCCUGAACAUACAUUUGCUGCUUUUUGGUGGGAGGGUUCUUGCGGGUGGUUGCGUGUUGUUUUGGCUUCUGUCUUUCGAGUGUCAUUUGAAGACCUAUUGUUCCUUUAUUCUUUUUCUUGCUGUGACUACCCAGGAAGAGGCCAAUGAGGCCCACCCCCUUCUGUGGAAUAGUUUUUUUCUCUUUAUUGUGCUGCAUCCUAUGCUGAUUCUCCUGCUGUGGGAAUUUGUAAGUGGUGAUCAUAUCUUGCCUUCCAGAGAUGAUUUCACUUUGACCCUCGGGCCACAAGCCGAUUGGAGGGUUGUGGAGACCUGUGCUGUUUUGAGUCUCUCAAUGCAUGUAGCUGUCAAAUUGGUUUGGGAACAAAGAAAAUUUCCGUGUGGUUCUAGGGCGAGAUGGGCAGUGUUCUGCUGAUUCUCAGUCUUUGAGAGGUCUUAGUUAACAUUCUUAGGUUGUGGACUUCUUGAGGUAGAAAAUAACAUUUUAAUUUAAUCUACUUUUAAUUCAUUGAAUCUGAGGUUCUAAAACAAUCUAUAGCUACAAACUAUGGUAUGAAACAUUUUGGGCACAAAUCUACAUUGUUAGUCAUUUCUCAAACUUUAAGAAAUUAGCUAGUUCUUUGUAAAAUGAUGGCUUAUCAUGCUUUGUGAUAUUUAAGAAUAGACUAUGGAUGGCAGCAAAUGAGAGCAAAGUAAAGGUUCUCAACUGAAUGAAAUUUAGGAAAGUAAUGACUGUUCCUCAGCAGUUUGGUUGGUUAGAUGUGUUAAUACUUUUGGAAUGAAUGCGUAGCAGUGGACUUGCACUCUUCAUGGACUACACAUAGGAUAUGCACUGAUAGAAGAGCACAAAAGACCUGUCUGCCAGAGUUUGUGCGUUUCACUACUGUCCGAGGGGCACUGCUGCCUCUUCUGUUCAUUCUAGGUUUGUGUUUGGAUCUUGCACAAGUAUCUUUUAAUUUCAAAUGCGAGUAUCCAGAGAGCUGAGUCUUUAAUUUUACUUUUUUGCUCAUAUUUCACUUGCAAGUUAGGACAGAAGACAGCUAAUCUGACUUCCAUUUUAUAAAUAAUAUAGACUUUUUCUUCAGGAACAAAUAGGGAAGGAAAAUAACACCGUGAACUAUUUUGCAUAUAUAUAUAUUUGUGUAUAUAUGCACAUACUAUAUAUAUACACACACACAUUUUCUUGUAAUUGUUUUUGAAGUUUGCUUAUUAGCUUAAUACCUUAUAAAAAUCAUCUUUGUUGACUCAUACAAUUCAUUUUAAAUUUUAAGUUUUAAUGAAAAUUUAAAACAAUCUUACUUCAGAAUAAAAUGAUUAAUCAAAUAGAAUUAUAGUUCAUAUAUUAGCUAACUUAAGUGAAAUCCUUUUAUGUCAGAUUGUCUUUCUUCUAACCAAAAUGAGGGCAUACAGUUUAGUUUGGAUGGGAAAGAGAAUAAGAACUGAUAUCUUUUUAUACCCUGCCUAUUUCCAAAACAAGAUUUGAAGUGUCUUUUAUGCUGUGGAGACUAGGUGAUGUUCAUGGAAGAUAUGUAGUCUUAAAACAACUUUCUUGGGAGUAGGUUUUAGUCUGAAAAAGGUGAAGAUAUUUAUGCUGAGUCAUGUUAAAUUUUAUUAUUUGGGACCUACAAACGCUGAUAGAAAAAAUGGAUGAAAUGGUUUCACUAAAUAUAUGAUAUUUGAGAAAACUGGACUUGAGUAAAUGCUAACUAAAUAGAUUUGUUAACAGUAAUCAUCUUUGUCUUAGGUGAAAUGAUUUAAUUUUUAAUUUUUGCUUUAAUUCUAGCAGCAUUUUAUUUCCCUUCUAGGGCAUUUUAAUGUUUAGAGAAAGACUGUAUAAGUAAAUUAUCCGAGUGAUUCUGUCUAUCUAGUAACGAAGUUCUUGGUGCUUGUUUUGGUUGCUAACCAUUUAGGGAGAGCAGAAAAGGAACCCCAAAAUACCUGUUGGGUUCACCUUGUAGUGAUGAGAAUUGAUACCUUUAGAGUGGAUUUAUUACAUUCUGGCUGAACAGUAGCUUUGUGUCUUUCCCUCAGGGUUAAUGAAAGGAUAAGGACUGAUUUUCACUUAUACUGGGUGUGACUAUCAUAAAUAAAGGAUUUCCAAUGACUCUUGUUUAGGAAUUGGGAAUUUCAAUGUUUGCAGGAUUACUGCACUUCCAAAGUGGACUAGAAAUGCCAGCUGUACUCUCCACUGAGAAAAUGAACAAAGUCCUAACAGUUACUACUCUCUUUUUGAUGUAAAUGACACCAGUUUAGAACUUAAAAACCUUUUAUCUUACAAAAUACGAUUUGAAUGAUAGGAGGUUUCCUUUGUAUUUCAAAACAUUUUUACAAUUGAUCAUUAAAAUAUUGGCUUUCUAUAAAAAUAUCGUGUUUAAAUUUAGACUGUUUGUAGUGCAAUAUCAAUAAAUUUUGCUGCUUGGGCAGUUUUAAUUACUACCUUAA